AUGGGGACACUCAAGUCUCGGUUCCUGGUCAACAAACUGCUGGCCACUUGCGUCAAGAAGGCGAAGUGGGCCAAGGCAAUCCGCGUACUCGGGGAGAUGAAAGAGCUGCACAUAGAGCCUGGCACAGUGGCAGUGAACACUGCGAUGCGCGCCUGCGAGCAAGGGAGUAUGUGGCAGCAGGCACUUCAUAUCUUUCACGAGGCCUCCCCUGGCAGUCCGCUUGAUGUUGUGUCCUUCAGCACUGCUAUAAAUGCAUGCGGGCGUGGAAGCCGCUGGGCAGAUGCCUUGCAUCUCCUUGAGCUACAAGACCUAGAAGCCUGUGGGCACAAAAGCAAUCAUGAAGAAUUACCAGGAUUCAGGGGUCAGCAGGUGGAUAUGGUGAUGUGGAAUUCUGCCAUAUCCGCCUGUGAGAAAGCUGCAGCAUGGACUUGGGCCAUGCAUUUGCUGUGGUCGGCGUGCCAUCCAAUCACACCCGAUGUGGUAACCUACAACUCGACAAUCAGCAGCCUGUCGCGCGUGCGACGGUGGAACGACGCGCUGCAACUUUGCUCGGAGAUGGAGCGCAUCGAGAUAAGGCAUGGCCUCAUGCCAUCCACCUUUUCGACUUGCUUCAUGCCAGGUGAUGGGACUCUGCAGCCCACGACCAUCACCUUCAAUGCUCUAAUCUCUGCAUGUGACUUGGCUGACUGCGGUGACAAGGGCCACCAGUGGCAGAAGGCCAUGUGCAUUCUCUUUGAGGAUAUGUGGCAGCACCGCGUGCAGGCCAACCUGGUUACCUUCAACUCGGCCAUCUCUGCAGGAGAAAAGGGCCUUCCCUGGGUGGAGGCAUUGGCCCUCCUGGAGCAGCUGCAGAGGUCAUUGCAGGCAGAUUCCCGCAGCUUCGCAGCUGUCGCCAGCGCUUGCGCUAAGGGCCAGAGUUGGAGUGGGGCCCUGUACCCCGAAUGA